CUCUCUCUCUCUCUCUCUCUCUCUCUCUCUCUAUAUAUAUAUACAUACAUACACCAUAAAUCUUUAUUUAAUCUGAGUGGUAUUUCACUAUUUCUCUCAAAAUCUUACGUAAAAAUCCCCAAAUUAAUCUGUCGUAAACUCUUUCAUCUCCUUCACUUUUCUUCUUUCCAUCUAUUAUCUUUGCUGCCUAGGGUUCCUUGCAGUUAAUUGAUUAGUCAAUUGAGGGUAGAUGGAUUGGAGUAACGUGACAGCUGAGGAUCUGAUCGAGGCGCUGCGAGAAGUGGACUGGUCAUCGCCGCCGCGUCCUAUCUCGGAAUUCUUUUCCCGAUUCACUUUGCCGCGUUCUUAUGCCAAAUGGAACAGUCGCCUCAAGUGCAACCUCUAUUACUACCGGACCAAUUAUUUCAUCAUGAUUGUUUUCAUUCUUGGGAUGGCAUUUCUUAGGAGGCCACUUGCAAUUGUUGCUGCUCUAACGACAGCUCUGAGCAUUGCUUUUCUAAAUGAUAGCUUUGCAGGUACUUUUAGCGAAAAAAUUACAAGAACUGUCAGGCAGUUUUCUCCACAUUUAGCUGCCAAAAUGAGACCUCCUCUUACGCCUGUUAUUCGGGGACGCCCAUCUGCAAAACGAGCAAUACAUAUAUGUGGACGCCCUCGAUGGGUGUUUGUCUUGGUAUUUUCUAUUGUGAGUUUCAUCCUUUGGUCUGUCUCUUGUGGCAUUCUCACUGUCUUGUGGGCAUUCACUAUUGGCCUUCUUGCCACCGUCAUCCAUGCAAGCUUUAGGACGCCAAACCUGAAAGCUCGCUUGAACACAUUCCGUGAGGAAUUCCGUGCUGUUUGGCGCAAUUAUAGUGAGCUGUAGCUUGUGGAUGACAGAUAAAUGGUCUAAGGGCCGCGUGUUGCUUAUGAAGAUUAUCCCUUGUGUUCUCAUGCUCCUGUCUUCGUUCGAGCUGUUGACAAGACACAGGGGCUCCUGAUUUGCAGAUUAAGCACAAGUUUGUAAAAUUCUCGAAUUCUUUAUUUGGAUAAAUGGAUCACUACUAUUUAUGGUUUGAUUCUGAGAAAUCUUUUUGAAUUAGAUAAAAGAUUUCUCACAUGAUGUAAAGAAGUCCACUGCCGGUGUUGGGUCUGAACUUAUUGCAGCUUACGAGAUCGUACAAUAUUUCAUUGGAA